UCCAAGAUCCCGGCACCGCCCCCUGGAGGCUGCAAGUGGACUCUCAGGGCCCUUUUGCUCCCUGGAGGUAGCAGGUGCCAUCCACCACCACUCACUCAGGAGGGCAGCUGAGCACCCAGACUCAGCCUCUCCUAGCGUCCUCCCUCCCUGGACUCCCACACACCUGGGACAGAGCCUUAGCAUGUUCCUGACGGCAGUAAAUCCACAGUCACUCUCUACACCAGGCUGGAAGAUCGAGACCAAGUAUUCGACCAGAGUGCUCACGGGAAACUGGGUGGAAGAGAGGAGGAAGUUCACCAGAGCCACCGAGAAGACACCGCAGAGCCUUUACAGAGCAGAGUACGUCCCCGUCCCGGACCACAGACCGGACCUCAUCUCCAGGUGGUACGGGAAGAGGAAAGUCGAGGGGCUCCCGUACAAGCACCUGAUCACCCACCACCAGGAGCCCUGGCACCGCUGCCUGAUCAGCACCUAUGACGACCACUACAACCGGCACAACUACAACCCCGGCUUGCCGCCGCUGCGCACCUGGAGCGCGCAGAAACUGCUGUGGCUGCCGGAGAAGGCCGACUUCCCGCUUCUCGCACCUCCCACCAACUACGGCCUCUAUGAGCGGCUGAGGCAGAGCUGGCUGGCGUCCAAGGCCGGCCCGAGAGAGAGCGUUUACACCUCGUCCUACCCCAGGCCGCCGCUGUGCCCCAUGUCCAGGCGGGAGCACGCCAUCCCUGUCCCCCCUCCACACCUGCACCCCAUCCCGCACUUCUGAGAAGUGUCGCCCCGCCAGCGGCCCAGCCAGGGCCUAGCGGGGACCUGCAGAUGGCCGACGGCUGCAGACCUGGCUCAGCCCCCAGGCUGCGCCCUGAGACCCGGGCUUCCUUUUCCACCCUGCAAUUAAAGCUCUUGACUCUACUGCAGGGCCACAUGGUGCAGAAGAC